UGUGGUGAGUAAGGGGCUCCAGAUUGGUACCACGAGGGCCCGGCUCCCGUCCCGUCCAAUCAGGGCUCGGCAGGCGGGUUUGGGGCGGUGACCGUGCGGAUUGGCGGGAACGGCUGCCAAUGGGGCAAGGCGGGGCCUGGAGGGAGAGGAGAGUGUGCCUUUAAUGUUGACUUGGCUGGAACCCGGGAGCCCACGACUCCUGCGCAGUCGGCCGUCCGUUUCUCGCUGGUCAGGCGCUUGCGGACCGCUAACUCCUCCGCCCCGGAACUCAUUCCUUAGCUUAGAGCUCUGGGGUCCUCCCUCGCCGCCGUCCUCCAGGGUCUCGAGCGAGAACCCCUCCUCCUUUUCGUGGGUCUGCAGGAAUCCUCUCCUCUUAACCCCGCCCGGGGAUGCACUCCUGGGCUCCGCAAACCACCAUUCUUGCGGGAGAAUCUGACCCAAACCAUGGUUUCUUGAAGUGGGUGCGUUUGGCCCCAUUUUGUGAAAAGAAAAACUCUAUGGUCUUUUUCGGAGAGACCUCCAUUUUGUUAAAGAAUUUAGUAGAGGCUUCGUUCAGUAAACAUUGACAGAUUUUGCAUGUGUCCCCACUAGAGCCAUUUUGAAAAUCGGAUGCCCAGUGAAGUAGAAUUGAGGGAAGCCAAGAUCCUUUGAGGCACUUAGGUUAAAAUCUGUAUAGAAAACCACUAAUUGCCGGAUUAUCCUUUGUCAUGGAGUUUAUGAACAAAAAGAUGAAAUGCUGUUGCUUUUCUUUAUGAUGUUAGUCGUGUACUCUUCCAAAUUCAACUAAAACCCAUGCUAAUAUGGGGGAAAGGUCUAGUUAAGUACUUUUCUUUUAAAAACAAAAAACCCUUGCUUAUUUUUAUAUGUUGUCUGUUAAGGCAAAUAGUUUCCAAGCCACUUAAGAAAUGUUUUCUUUCCCGACAAGUUUUCCUUGACAAGGCACGCUUUUAAGUUUAGUUUUUAAUAUUCGGUCUUAAAAUUUACCUGAAUGCUUUACAGUAAAGCAAAAUAUGUGAAUAGAUAGGGAAAAAAGCCGUUUACUGAAAUCAGAUCUUUUAGCAGCACGUAUUUAGAUUGGUUUCUCAGAGUUUUAAUAAAAACCCACAUUGAAGCGUUUCUCCUUGGAACAUAGAGACAAGCAGGUGUAGAUGGUAAAUCUACGGUUGGUGUGUAGAAAGCAGGGAAAGAUUGGGAAGGAAGUGGUGUUAUUUGUUUAGUAAACCUUUUGGAAGUUAACAUUAAAAUAACAUAAUUUUUCAUGUUUAGAUAAGAAUGGUUACUUUAUAACUGCAGCAUGUCUUAACAUUGCUCCUUUUCCAGUGUGAAGAGGGUAUCCAGGAGGGACCUAAUCUAGGAUGUUAGCCGCCAGAAUUUUACUUAGUAAAGUUAUAGAAAUCUUUAAAGACUUAUUUAGUAUGAUCUUUUUAAUCCCUGAUGGAUACCGCUUUUGGUACCUUCUGUAUGGACUGGAUUUCCUAAUUUUACUGGGAGGGUAGUUGACUCAAUGUAACGUGUCAUCACCCAUAAGUUUCUGAACCAGGCAGCCCAUGUAGUAUUGCAAAGCUAAAUUUACUAUAUGUGUAUAUAUACGUAUGUAUAUAUACUUUUGUGUAUGUAGUCAGCAGAAACGUGGAUUUCUUAAAAUCCGCUCUGCUUUGUAUACAAAUAAAUUUAUAUUUAUGUGUCUGUUACUGGAUUUUUUUGCCUUCAGACUUGGAGGAUUUAUCUGUGAACCCAUAGUUAUGAAGCCACGAUAUCAUUUAGUGAAAUGACUGGAUUUUCACUGCUGUAUUGGGCCAGAAGCAAGAAACAUAGUACUUUCAAGGAAAAGAAUUGAAUUUUUUUUAGCUAUUGAAAUUAGCUCUUUUAUGUAUAUAACAAGAAUCAGAACAUUCUUUUCCUUUUUACCAGAUAUUUUAUGAGUUUACAUAUUUCAUUUUAUGAUUCAAGACGUUUAUGUAAUUAGGAUUGUUCUUUCUUAGCAUAUUGCCAACUUCAACUUAACCACGGGUAGGGGAACAUGGAUGCAUUCCUGAAAAACACCAUGUAAUUUGAAACCAUAUAAUGGGAAACUUUGUGUUGAACACAGAAACAGCUUGCAGGGAAUGCUGUUGGGUGUCUUUGGCACUAAGAGGUGGAAAUGGGAUCCAGGAGGUGGGAGAAAGCUAGAAAGGGUAGGUAGAGGGAUCUAAGGCAGCUUCUGGCUUUGUUUGUUUUUAAAUCCCAGAGACUUAAUAUACCGUCUUCUUGGAUAGUGGGGCUCAAGGCGACAAUAACCCUCUCAACCCUUAGUGUCUUGUCUGAGGGGAUCUGAAGUGGCACAGGAAGUAUCAGAAGCUCUGGUGAUCACUGGGAAAACUUUGCUUCUCUUUCUCCUCCCGCUCCCCUCUACCCCUCCCAACAGCUUUUAGUUCCUUUUUAAACUCCCUGGAGAUUUAGGUCUAUUAGUUAAAUCUACCUUAUUUUGAAUUAUUUAAAUCAAUCACCUAGAUUACCUAAACUUCACUGAAAUCCUCAGGAAUAGGGAUUUUGGUGGCAGGGAAAUGGACAGGUAAUUUUGGAUCACUGGGCACUUCAAGAAAGGACAGGCCUGGGUGUGUGGUGGACGUGGGGGGCUUUGGACAAUCAGAGGGCAGCAUGAUGGCACUGGGAGGCUGGGCAGGGGGAUGACCAGGAGGUGGGAGAGGAAUGCAUAAGGGAGGUGGGAGGGCCAAAGACAAACUUUGCCUUCUUUGCAAUUUUGCCUAGGGCCCUGGUGGUGGCAACCGCCUGUGUGCCACUGAAAAUCGUGCCGAUGCCUGGCAUACUGCAUAAAUGGAAGCAGGGUACCGCGUGAGUUGAAACAUUGGUCACACUAUAUAAAGUUUGUAUAUGUGAAUCAGUGUAACUCGUACCCAUGUAACUGGGGGUCUGACUGUAUUUGGAUUUUUCUAAUAAGGCAUCAUGGGCUAAGGAAAAGAGCACUGGGCUGAGACUCAGGAGACCUGGUUUCUAGCCCCAGCUGUACCUCUAAUUGUAACCUUGGCCUUCACCGUUGUUGAUCACAUAGCAUGGGCAUCCACUCACAGCUUAGAAAUACAGGGAGCAUCGGAGAGAAUGGGUAAAGUAAAAUUUUGAUGUUUUUAAAAUAGCACAUGCAUCUAUGAAAGUUGAUGUGGUUUAUUGUUUGGGAGGGAGAGGGUGGGUGGGUGACAUGGGAGAGGUGGGUGUUGGGGAAGUAGCAUGCACCACGUUCAAUACCAUCUUGGCUGAGGUUUUAAGUGUUACUACUAAUACUUAGGUCUGGUUUCAUCUCAGAAGGCAGGGCCAUAAAAUAGCAGCGUUGGGGAUUACAAUGGAGCUAUUUUUCCCCUCCCAACAAAUGGGAGGGGAUUUUGCAAACAGCAGUGUUUUACUACAGUUUGGGCAGGAGCCCUCUUUCAGUGGCCUGCCCAUAUUCCCCAGCGCCACCGUCGGCUCUGGCUGAAAGACCUGGAGAGGAAGAGCAUGCAUUCCAGUUUUUAUUGUGCGCCCGUAACUCACACGGCCCCAGAUAAAGGUUAGGGUUCAUGGAACUCAUGAAGGAUUGAACAAAAGAGGGAGGUAAGAGAGUUCCUAGUUUGAAGAUAGUAGCUUGGUAGGAAAUAAUAAUAAAAUUUUUUGCUGCACCAUGCAAAUGAAAAACACUUUGCCUCCCAAGUUGCAAACCAAGUUUCUAAUCAUAGUCAUUUACAAAGCCUCAUUAAUUACUGUGCAGGUUAUAGGGAAGAGACCUCCCUGCUUUUCUGGGAAGGGCUUUUUGUUGUGUUGUUGACUGAAAUGAUGGUCAAAUCUCUGCCCUCUCAUUCUUAAACUUUCUUUCCUUUCUUUGUCUACACAUUUUUUAAUCUGGGUUAAGAAGAUGAAGAAACAUUAUCUAAGAAAUCAGGUUUUACUUCCAAAAAUAUUCUAGCCCCAGCUUUGCCAUUCUCCUGCCUUAAGCUGUUUGACAAAGCUGAAUAUGUUCUGUUUACUGUUCCAGACCUUUCUGCUUCUGUAAGGUUUGUUGAGGAGCCCUGGUGGCACAGUGUUUAAGAGCUCGGCUGCCAACCAAAAGGUCAGCGGUUCAAAUCUACCAGAUGCUCCUUGGAAACCCUAUGGGGGCAGUUCUACUCUGUCUUACAGGGUUGCUAUGAGUCGGAAUCGACUCAGCGGCAAUGGAGGGUUUUUUUUUUAGCUUUGUUGAAGAUAUUACUCCAUUUCAAAUGCACGCUUGUUUCCUUUGAUCAGAGUCCUCUUUCCCUCAAAGUUUGCCUUCUACUUAUUGCAUUAAGCCUUUCCAGCCUCUCCAGUCCUUGCUGGUCAUUUUAGUCUUAGAAUUCCUGAAGUACUACCUAUUUGAAACACCCAUUUGACACUUGGAUCAUGCUGCUUGUAUUAUUACUUGUUAAUUCAUUUAUAUGUCCUAUUUCUCUGGCAAAAUCAUGGGCUUCUUGAGGAUAGAGAGCUUGUCUUAUAUAACCCCUUAUGUAACUCUUUGUAACCCCAUUGCCUAGCCCAGAGGGUAUGUUCAAGAAUAGAUUUGAGUUUGUGAUUUAGAUCCAACCUUAGUGUAACAGAGCCCUUUUUUUUUUUUUCCUUUCUUUCUUAAUUUAGGUUAUUUUUUUAUUUGAAUGUAUGCCCAGAAAACCCAAAGAUACAGUACAUCAAAUUCAUAAAAUAAUCCUUUGUAUUAUAAGGAGAUCUGGUUCAUAUUUGUUCCCUAUUAUUUGAAACUUUUUUUUUUUUUUAAAUGGGCACUGUUCUGCCUAGUUUCUUUUGAAAAACAUGGUUUGGGCCAGAUAUCUUGACAGAAACUGAAAUCAUUAGUGUUUUUAUUUUUAAAUUCUUUGUUUAGUUGAUUAUACUUUCAUGUCAUAAGUCCAAAUCAGUUUAUUACAUUCUACAUGGUAAUGUAGCCAAAUUAUUUGAAAGUGUUAUCCUUAAAGUUCCUUAAGUAAAACUUAAAAAAUAUCAAUAAACAAAUAUUCAGUUGCUAGUCCCUCUCAGGGUAUUUCUGUAUCCCAAAUUAUUAGGGUUUUAUUAAACGUUUCUGUAAUACACAGGCUAGUAGUAUUUGAUAGCUGUGUUUAUUGUUAUUGUGUUUACUACAGUUAUCAAAGAUUUAUAAAGCACCUAUUCAUGUGUAGUGAGGAGUUAUUUUAAGGUGUUUCUUGGCAUUUAUAGAACUGAUUCUUUUUUUUAAAGCUCACCAGGAGUACUGUUAGUUAUGUUCAUAUUUGGAAUUGUUCAAAUUUUAUCCGAUAACUGUGUCUUCAGGGCACAUAUGUCUUAAUAGUAGAUUUAAUGCUGUUAUUUCUUAAGCAAAAACAGUCACCCUACUUGAUUAGUAAAACUUCUGUGAAUCUUGAUUUUUUAAUUGUAAAGCCUGGCUUAUAGUAAAAUACCCUUGAGCCAUUAGUUUAGCAAAGUGCUGAAAUGAUUCUAUAUUGCAUUACCAAAACCUAGGUACCUGUAGCAGGAAGACUCCACAUGUCUAAGCUGCUUGUUUUGUUUUUUCCUCCUACUUUUAAAAGUUGCAUUAUCUUUCAUUUUGUUAGCAUAACUAAGUUUCUGAUUUGACACAGAUUUUUCUUUUAUGCUAGGAAGCAAGAAACCUCUUAACAGCGUUGCCGUUCUGGUGUGAGCUUAUCGUAUAAUACCAUUCUGACAUGAGCUGAGGCCUUCGCCAAAGUCUUGGUGAAACACACUUUUUAACGACACUUUUUUAACCCCAGCUGGCCCAAGGACCACUUUCCAGAGCUGCAGCCUUGAACUUUUACUUGUUAUCAACCAUAUUCUUCUCUGGGGUCACACUUGUUAAGUCAGUAUUUAAAACAUAAAACACGCUGAUUUUGUUCACUUUUGUUUUCAUAUACGAGAAUCUUUACAGUCAACAUGUACUUCUAGAUGCUGUAUUGAAAUUGCUGGCAGAGUCUACUCUGUACAAACUGAACAAUCUGGCCCCUUGUUUUAUUUGUAAAGGUUCAAUGUAUCUAUGCCUGCCUACUUCAAUCUGCAAGGGAGUGUCAGAAAGGCCCCGCAUUCGCCGAGCCGUGAGUUAUCACUAACUUUUCAGAUGUGUUAAUGAAUGUGGAACAAAAGCAGUUGUGUUUCAAAGAAAGAAAGGACCAUCCAAAUAACUUUUAUUAUAGUAGCAGGCGUGAACACUAAAUGGAUAAUUCCAAGUUGUGGUGUCAAAAAUAACCUACUUUAACUAGAGACUAGCCUCUAGAAAACCUAUUGUUGAACUGCUAUGAAGCUAUUAUUUUAGCUGUGUACUACUGUUGAUGAAAUUUUAUGUAUCCUGGUGAAAGAUUAAAAUGUUUAAUAAGUCUAUUUAAACAAGUUCAAACAAUUUGAACAAAAUCUUGCCCCAUAAAAAUGGCCGUAUUUAGUUGACUAAAAUAAGACCAUAAUAAGGGGUAAAGUUUAACUUUAUUAUUCACAUGUGAAAAUGCAAAAAUUAAUUUAAAUCGUUGAAUGACUUCCUUGAAAGUUUCUGGAGUGCUCUGGGCCUCAUGUGAAGUACAAAGGUGUUUACAAUUUGUUUUGUUGCCACGCAGUUGUUUUUGCUUCCGUAAUUCACCAGUAGGUUUUCACUCAUCAGUGAUGACAUCAAGGUUAUUACCAUUUGAGGCUAAAAUAAAACAUAUUUCUUAGGGCUUAUCAUUCUACAUAGAAAGAAGAAACACUCUUAACGAGUUUUUUCUUUUGUUUUUGCAAAGAAAUCCUAAAGAAAAUAGUUUGAACUAACAUUUAUAUUUUGUUAUUAAAGCUAGUUACCUUUCUUACUCUUGGUUUCUUUAAGGUUUCAAGUAGUUUGCCAUAUUCGAUAAGCAGGUUGGAUGCUUCUGUUGUUUAGGAGGUAUACUGUGUUAUGUGAAGAGAGAGUGAGUAUAAACGUACCCAGUUUGGCAUCAAUAGCACAGACUGCAUAAGAUGUGGAAGUAUGGGACCUUUGGAGGCAUUAAAGUGAACGUUUCUUUUAGGCAGUAUGCCUUUGUUUGACUGGUGUGUAAGUCCUUCUUCCAGGUUUGUACGCUCUUAAACACGUUAUUCUACCCUCUCUAACUCCUCCCAGCAGCAAAAGGGAGACACUACAGCUGGAACAAAAUAGUGGAAGAAAUGGCGUCUGGGGUUCAGUGGGGACUCGCAGUGUGUAUGCAAUGCUUGCCCAGAUUACUUUUUAUGUUUUUCAAUUAAUGUAAAUAAUUACAAAAUAAAUCAAUACGUAGUGUCAAGAAGGGAACGCUAUAUACCAAUAAGUAGAAACUCUUCUGGUGGGUCUUCUGCAGUUCGCUUAACCUCUUGGGGCUUCAGUUUCCUCAUCUGCAGUAUGAAGGAGUUGGACUCUGUAAUCUUUAAGGUCCAUUCCUGCUCUAAAAUCCGAUGCUUUUCUGAAGUACUCUGUUUAACAGAAUGCAUUGCUUUCCCACUUUGACUUUUUGAAUUACGUGUGCAGUACACAUACUGCAACUGCAUGUUGUCUAAAGUAGUUUUUCUGUAGGAUGUUUUAUAAAAAACUAAUCCUUCUUGAGCUGAUUUAUAAAUGUGUGUGUAUAGAGCCACACAUAAAAGGCUAGUGAUAGUAGGAAUCUUGGAAAAUAAAUACUUUCCAGUUGUCUAACCUUGAAUGUUACCAACUUUUCUAUAUUACAGGAGAUACUACUCGUCAACGAAUCAAAUUCAGUGACGACAGAGUAUGCAAGAGUCACCUUCUCAACUGUUGCCCCCAUGAUGUCCUCUCUGGAACUAGAAUGGAUCUUGGAGAAUGUCUGAAAGUCCAUGACCUGGCUUUAAGAGCGGAUUAUGAAAUUGCAUCCAAAGAACAAGACUUUUUCUUUGAGCUUGAUGCCAUGGAUCAUCUGCAGUCAUUUAUUGCGGAUUGUGACAGAAGAACAGAAGUGGCUAAGAAAAGAUUAGCAGAAACUCAAGAAGAGAUUAGUGCUGAAGUAGCAGCAAAGGCAGAGCGUGUUCAUGAGUUAAAUGAAGAAAUUGGUAAAUUGUUAGCUAAGGUGGAACAGCUGGGAGCUGAGGGAAAUGUGGAAGAAUCCCAGAAAGUGAUGGAUGAAGUAGAGAAAGCACGGGCAAAGAAGAGAGAAGCAGAGGAGGUUUACCGGAAUUCUAUGCCAGCUUCCAGUUUCCAGCAGCAGAAACUUCGAGUCUGUGAAGUCUGCUCUGCCUAUUUGGGUCUUCAUGAUAAUGACAGACGACUGGCUGAUCACUUUGGGGGUAAACUGCACCUGGGAUUUAUUGAAAUAAGAGAGAAGCUUGAAGAGCUAAAGAGAGUUGUAGCUGAGAAGCAGGAGAAAAGAAACCUGGAACGUCUGAAACGCAGAGAAGAAAGGGAGAGAGAAGAAAGGGAGAAGCUGAGGAGGUCUCGAUCACAUAGCAAGAAUCCCAAAAGAUCCAGGUCCAGAGAGCACCGCAGGCAUCGGUCUCGCUCAGUGUCCCGGGAACGGAAGAGAAGAACUCGAUCCAAGUCUCGUGAGAAGCGCCAUCGCCACAGAUCGCGCUCCAGCAGCCGCAGCCGCAGCCGCAGCCACCAGCGAAGUCGGCAUAGUUCUAGAGAUAGGAGCAGAGAGCGCUCCAAGAGGAGAUCCUCAAAAGAAAGAUUCAGAGACCAAGACAUAGCAUCACGUGACAGAGACAGGAAUUCAAGAGACAGAUCACCUCGUGACAGAGACCGGAAAGAUAAGAAUCGGUCCUAUGAGAGCGCUAAUGGCAGAUCAGAAGACAGGAGGAGCUCUGAAGAGCGUGAAGCAGGGGAGAUAUAGUAGCGGUGUCCAUGUCCUCAGUCCUUCUUCUUCCUCUGAGUUACAUACUAUUGUUUAGUUUACAGCAGGUCAGGGUGCACAUUGAGCAGCCCAGACACCCAUCCAGCUAGGCGAGAUGGACGGGGUCUGACUCAAUGGGAACGGAACCUGUUUUCCUUGAUGAAGCUGAAAAUGACACCCAUAGUUUCUGGUGACCCUGUAAUACAAUUCUGAAAGGAUUCUCUGUUCACAGUUUUAUAUAAUAAGACGCCGAUCUCUGAUUUAUUCUUUCUAGUAGGAGUGAUAGUGAAUGAAUUGUUACCUGCCUCGGGGUUUUUUUUUUUUUGAACAUUUGUAAGAUGCCGUCUUCCUUUCUAGUCCAGACAGGAGCAGCUUUGGGAGUUUUUCUUUUUAAUUCUUCCUCUGACUUUUGUAUCCCCUAAUGCCUCCACCCUCCAAUUGUAAGAGAAAGGGGGGCAGGAAAGCAAUAUACCUUCUGUUCUAAGGUUCUGUUCCCAUUGAUUAAUAACUAGCGGAUUACAGUUCAAGCAUUUAUACUGGAAUGAGUGCUGGAGAAAUUGAAAAUGUUUUUGUUUUGUUUUGUUUUUUUCUUUUUUGUUUAACAGUGCUGAUUUAGAGUUGGAAGUUGAACAGCUGUUGCAUUACAUACUUUUGCUUUUUUAUUGAAAUUUUGAAAUCAAACGUCUUGAUUUUUCUGUUGUGUUGAAUUGCUAUAUGUUCAGGAUGUUUUGAGGGGGGAGGGGGCAGGGACUCUUUCGUAAGCACUUGUUUUAUUUUGUGUGUGGAGUAUAAAGGCUACACCCGUAUUGUAAAAAAUAAUAAUAAUAAAUUGAAACAAUCA